UUUCGUUCGUCCCAUCCGUCGUGAAUAUGUGUAAAAAUUACCAGAAUGUAAUUUAAAUACAUAUAUAUACGAAUAACUUAUCUCUUUCUAUAGUGCUUACAGUCUAACAUAGAAUUCUGAGUGAACUUUUUAAUUUGCAAUCAUGUGUGGUGUAUAAAAAACUGUAUUUAAAUGAUAUUUGGAAAAUGUUUUUGUGUGCUAAGUUUCAUAAUGGCGGCUCGUCGCGUCCCCCGCGCCUCCAUUUCAGUGACAGACAAAUUAUGUCAAUGCUGAUACAUAAAAAUCAAAAACUAUAUGAAAACUUGUAAACAUUAAGUGAAAUACAUUUUAUUAAGGAUGAAUCCGGAUCAUCAUAGUAUUAAUAAUGGCGGUGGCCAGCCGCCUGGGAAUUCUGAGUCACAGAAUCAAAGAGUACAAUCAGCUCAACAGCAAAGUAUUGCUCCUACAACUUCUGCAACAGACCUAAGGGUGAACUCUGCAGCUGUAAAUGUCGCUUUGUCUAGCGUCGCAAAAUAUUGGGUGUUUACAAAUUUGUUUCCCGGUCCAAUACCUCAAGUUUCCGUAUACGGUUUGCCAACGAGUACUAGGAUUGAAAAUGGAAAACCAGUACAGGAUCUUGGACAGACCCAUACAAGUAUACUUAAUGGAGACCCCAAUAUUAUAUUGGGUCACCACAGUGGACAACCACAGGUUACAGUCUCUGCCGGAGGCCAACAAAUACCAAUAUCGCAAAUCAUCACAACCCAAUCAGGACAAGGACAUGAAACCCUAGUGGCACACACCCAGCAACAAGAGAUGUCAAGCCAGCAGUCUUCCAGUGGAACAUCACAGGUACCCAAUAAUCGGGUCGAGUUUGUUCAACACCAUAACAUUGAUAUGGGCCAUCAUUCACAACAUAUUUUGCAACAGCAGUUAAUGGCGGCCAGACCAGAUCACUCCAAUCAACAGGUUAGUGAGAUACAACUGACAGUCAGUGAAGAUGGUAUAGUAACUGUUGUAGAACCAGGAGGUGGGAAGAUGGUUGACAAAGAUGAUCUCCAUGAAACCAUCAAAAUGCCCACAGAUCAUACCCAUCUUACUGUGCAUCAGUUGCAACAAAUUGUUGGACAUCAUCAGGUCAUAGACAGUGUUGUCCGCAUAGAACAAGCAACUGGUGAACCAGCAAAUAUUCUUGUGACUCAAAACCCUGAUGGCACAACUUCUAUAGAAACAAGUGCAGUAGAUCCCCUUCUGGUGAAAGAUGAGAAGAAUGUUGCCAAGAUUGAAGCGGCACAAUUUGCUGCACCGGAGGACAUAAAAGAUAUUAAGGGUAUUGAUUUAAAGAGUGUAAGCAGUAUGGGAGUGGAAGGUGCAGUAGUAAAGAUCUCGGCUGGUGCUGCUGACCAUGACCUGCAUGCCAUGUACAAAGUGAAUGUAGAGGACCUUUCUCAACUACUCGCCUAUCAUGAGGUCUUUGGGAAACUUAGCAAUGAACAGCAAACACCUCAACAGCAGCAACAACAACAACAGACACAACCAAAUAAGCAGCCAGUUCUGUAUGAAGUCGAACUAGAGGCGAGUACAAGUGCAUCCAUGUCUGAAGCCGAGGCGUCUCCUGGUCACCAUGCAUGUGAUAUCUGUGGAAAAAUAUUUCAAUUUCGAUAUCAACUUAUUGUUCACAGACGGUACCAUGGUGAAGGCAAACAAUAUCCAUGUCAAGUGUGUGGGAACGCAUUUUCAAAUCCAACGGAAUUGUCUAAACAUGGGAAAUGUCAUCUCGCCGGUGACCCAGCAGACAAACUGAAGCGUCUAUCACAAGACAAACCCUACGCCUGCACAACUUGCCAAAAGACCUUCUGGCGGAAGGAACAUCUUGACAACCAUGUCAGAACACACACAGGGGAAACUCCAUACAGAUGCCAAUACUGCGCAAAGACAUUCACCCGUAAGGAGCACAUGGUGAACCACGUUCGUAAACACACGGGCGAGACGCCGCACCGCUGCGAGAUCUGCAAGAAGAGCUUCACGCGCAAAGAACAUUUUAUGAACCACGUCAUGUGGCAUACGGGUGAAACGCCGCACCAUUGCCAAAUUUGCGGCAAGAAGUAUACUAGGAAGGAGCAUUUAAUGAACCAUAUGCGAUCGCAUGCGAACGACACGCCGUUCCGAUGCGAACAGUGCGGAAAGUCCUUCACCAGAAAGGAACACUUCACCAAUCACAUUCUGUGGCACUCUGGUGAAACACCGCAUCGAUGCGACUUCUGUUCUAAGACUUUCACUCGCAAAGAACAUUUGCUUAACCAUGUUCGACAACAUACGGGAGAAUCCCCGCAUCGGUGCAGUUUCUGUUCCAAAUCAUUUACGAGACGUGAACAUCUCGUGAAUCAUGUGCGGCAACACACCGGCGAAACACCUUUCCAAUGCGGCUACUGUCCCAAGGCGUUUACAAGGAAAGAUCAUUUAGUAAAUCAUGUCCGCCAACAUACCGGGGAAUCGCCACACAAGUGCUCAUACUGCACCAAAUCCUUUACGCGCAAAGAGCACUUGACAAAUCAUGUUCGGCAACAUACCGGCGAAUCUCCACAUCGCUGUACGUUUUGCUCCAAGUCAUUCACCCGGAAGGAACAUCUCACCAACCAUAUAAGACAACACACAGGGGAGACUCCAUUCAAAUGUACAUACUGCAAUAAAGCGUUCUCUCGAAAGGAACACCUCACGAAUCACAUGCACAUACACACUGGGGAGACGCCGCACAAAUGUCCUUUUUGCACCAAGACAUUUUCGAGGAAAGAACACCUAACUAAUCAUGUGCGGAUACACACGGGCGAGUCGCCGCACCGUUGUGAAUGUUGCGGCAAAACGUUCACCCGAAAGGAACAUCUCAACAACCACAUGCGACAACACACUGGAGAUAGCCCUUUAACGUGUAAAGCGUGCUCUAAGACAUUCACCCAAAAGGAGCACCUAGUCUCACAUAUGAAGUCACACGCCUGUAGCGACAAGCCGUUCGUUUGCGGCGAAUGUGGAAAAGCAUUCCCGCUCAAAGGCAAUCUCCUUUUCCACGAGAGAUCCCACUCAAAAUCCGCCACGUCAAAAGUAUUCAAAUGUACCAUAUGUUCUAAAGAAUUUAUGUGCAAAGGUCAUUUAACAACGCAUCGUCGCACGCAUACUGAGAACACGAAUCAGGAAAAUGCUGAAGACAACGAUGUAUGUAUGGAGGAAUGUGGCAAACCGUUUGAGGCAGAGCCCCUGGAUGUUGAUAGAAAACCAGAUAUUAGGCCUCCAUCAGAAAUGCAAGUGACCGAAAAUUCAGUUCCUCAACCGCAGGCUAACACUGUGAUGCAAGUGACUACUCAGCAAGUGCGUGCAACAGUCCCAUCCAGCUCCACCAACGUCCCUACUGGCGCGUUUGCUCAGACGCAGCAUCACACCGCCGUAGCGCAUCAUACCGUCACCGUUAACUACUAGCCCUGCUGAGAGGACACGACGCUCGAGUUGACGAAAACUCGCCCCUGACAAUUUUUAAAUAGAUAAUAAAUUGCUAUAGUCUGUGCGAAGAAAGAAUCGUCAUCGUCAUUAAGUUAACAACAAUGUUACGUGAUUAUAGUUCGACAGUAAUCAUCUAAAUAUACUUAAAAUCAAAACUAAAACAAGUUAUACAUUUGAUACUUGACAGUUGAGGCACGAUGUCAAAAUCAUAUUAUUUGUUCGCCAGCCGGUUCUCUUUCCGCACACCUUGUGUAUUUUAGCAUUAUAUGGCAUUGUCGGUAGAGUAACAUUUUAUCAAGAACGAAAAAUAAUAAGUUUAUACACUUUUUAUUCGUAAUUGACAUUUAAAUACCUUAACUGGAUAUGUCUAUAGAGAUAUCGACUUACUAAAAAAGUUCAGUGGACAAUCCUUGGCGAACGCUACUAGCCUUACCUGCUAGAGAAUGCGUCGCCCCAUAGUGCUAAAAACAUUAAAAAAAAUACAGUAUAUACAUACUUUUUUAAUAAAUAAUAUCUGACAUUAUCUAUGGCUAUUAUGUUAAAUGAUAUAGAUGUGUCACAGACUACUUAGUGCCAUUACAAUUUAAGAUUAAUUGGAUUUAAAAAAUGGUUUAUUUCAUUGGUGUCAUAGUUUUUUAAGUAGCUGUUGUAUAUAUGUAAAGCUCAAAAGGCUUUACAAUUUUAAGAGUCAAUAUAGAUUGUUGAUCGCUGUAAUUAUCUUGUGAUAUGUGAUUAAAAUAAUAUAUACAAAGCAGUUUUAAACAAGAUAUUAAAUUGUAAGUAGUAUCGUCUAAUACAUAGGUAAAUACAAAAACAAUAACCAGGUUUUUUACCAUUAGUAGCCUGUUGCAGUAUUAAAUAUGCUUAUGUCAGUUUCUUUUAUGUUUUCAUGACUUGACUUCAAUAUACAUUCCUUUUGACCAAAUCAUCAAAAAACUCUUUAAAAAUUGAAACACAAUCGUUUUUAUAAUACUUAACAUCUUGUUAAGUUUCUUGACUACCUUGCUAUAAUCUUGUCGUAUUUGCCAUUUUUGUGUACAGUGUGUGAUAUUUAAUAGUGAUUAAAAAUUAUAUGGAAACUAUUUCUAACAUGGCAAACUAAGAAGUGGUGUUGUAAUCACUUCCUUCACCAUUUGUAGAAUGUAGGCAAUUUGUAUGUAUAUGUAAAUAUAUAGAAAUAAAUUAUGAUUUUGUUAGCGUAGUUUGACGCAUGUUAUUUGACUAAGUAACACCUUUUAAAUAUUAUGUAAAAUAAUAGGAAUAGCGAUUAAGAAUCGUAUUGUAAUCCUAGGGUUUUAACAUAAGGUGCGAGAACCAUUGAAAUAGAUGCUAUCGGGAAAUUGGUAUAAUUUAUCUUCAAUGGUACCACGCUAUUUAUAUUUUGCUUAAGAUUUUUAACUGUAGUGUGUAUCUACUAAAUUUUAAAUUAUAUUCAGUAAUUU